AUGGCAGUUCAAAACAAAGUUUUAUAUGCGUUCCGAGGAUGGAUAGCUUUUGUGGCUUUCAUGGAUUUAGGAACUGCUGGACGUUCGUACAUUGAAAGACGAUCUUUUCUAAGCAAUAAUGCCGAGGAACACUUAGACGUUUUAACAUUACUAGGUUUAGCAUAUCUGCCCUCGAAGUUGAAGUUAUUCGGCACUAUACCAGGUACGUCAGGUAUGGAUAGAGAUUUGGAUGAUGAAAACGUUCAGAUAUUGAGGCAGAUGGGCAACUUCAGAAGACGGAAACCUACCAUCAAGAACAAACAUGUAUGA